GAUCGUGUUCUAUGAGAAGAGUUCAGACAUGUGGGAAGAUGUAAAACUUCAAUGCUUUCGGCUGCCUUUUUAAAAAACGUCUGUGAACCUAAACAGAGCAAAAUGAAGCUAGCCCAAGGAACUUGCUUAUUAUCCCUCUGAAAGUAAUUUGCCAGUACACAACUUUUCAAGAUCGUAUCUUUCCCCAAGAUAAAUAUGGCUGAAUUGUUCCUUGGCAAAGUACUGAUAAAAAAUAACAAUGAUCAAGAUGAACUGGACACAGAGAAAGAGAUCUUACAACGCCUCGAAAACCGAGUGCUCCUCUUGUACUUUGCAGAUUCAGAAAGUCCACGGUGUCGUCAGUUCUCACCUCUUCUGAAGGAUUUCUUUGUCAAGUUGACUGAUGAGUUUUAUGUCAAUCGAUCUUCUCAAUUAGCCUUGGUCUAUGUUUCUCGAGAUCGUAGUGAGGAGGAGCACGAAGAUUUUGUCAAGGACAUGCCCAAACGUUGGCUUCUAGUUCCUUUUGAAGAUGAAGACUUCAGGAGGGAGCUUGAACAUCAGUUUUCGGUGUCAGACGUCCCUGCCUUGGUUGUCCUCAAACCUUCUGGGCAGGUGAUCUCUUCCAAUGCAGUGGAUGAGGUUGAGCGGCUGGGCCCUCCUUGCUUCAAGAACUGGCAGGAGGUUUCUGAGAUCAUCGAGAGGAGCUUCCUCCUACCAGAAUUCUGUGAUGAUAUUGCUUCUAAAAGUAUGACUGACCCCAUCCGCCGAAUAAAAUACAAACUUGAGGAUGAGAAGAAGAAGAAAAAGCGAGAAGGGAGGGAUGAUGAAGAUGAUGGUGGGGGAGGUGGAGGUGGGGGUGGAACAGGCUUCUUCUAA